AUGACAGAUUGUAGAGGCACACCAGGCUAUGCUGCACCAGAGCUAUACAUGCCAUACCCAAAGACUCAUAAAUGUGAUGUGUAUAGCUUUGGUAUGCUUCUAUUUGAGAUUCUGGGUAGGAGAAAAACCCACUAUUCUAAUCUUAGUGAGCCUGAGAACUGGCUAACAAGAUGGACAUGGGAGAUGUUUGGGAAAGGGAAGCUAAGUGAACUAUUGGAAAAUUUUGGGAUUGAAGAGGAACAUAGAGAGAAGGCAGAGAGGAUGGCAAUGGUGGCUUUGUGGUGUGUUCAGUACUUGCUGGAUUCAAGACCUCCUAUGAGCAAUGUGGUGACCAUGUUGGAUGGAGGAACUGAAUUUAAAUCUCCUCCAAACCCAUUUCAACAUCUAAUGUCUGCUACCAUAGAUUUGACUAUGAGCAUUUGUGAGUCGAGCACUUAUUCUGUCUCAAAAGAACUACUAUCUUCUACCUUAGAUUAG